AAUAUAUGAGUUAUGAGUACGGUAAAUACUGUAUAAUGGUAUAGUGAAUUGACAGUUUCAGGAUCGCAUGCGACAUUUAGGGAAAACGUGUCCUGAAGAGCUCAGUCUAUUUAAUUCCUAGUCAAGGGCGGACUGACAACUCAUGGGUCCCCUGGGCAAUAGUGGAUCAUGGGGCCCCUGUGUCCUUGCCCACACUCAAAGCACACUCAAAAAAAGCCUAUAAAAGGUACCAGGGGCAUCUCAUGGGGCCCCCUACUGACCCCGGGCCCUCAGGCAGUGCCAGAGUUUCCAAAU